AUGUUUCCCCUUUCCUUCGCCUUGUUCCCCAAUUGGAGUUGGUUUUGUAUUUUUGUAGCGCUCUUCCUCUUUCGAUACUUCAGACUUUGGGUCAACUUGGCAAGCAACUGGACCUACACACCCAUUCAGCCUGUCGACGACCCCACCGUCACAUCCAAGGAUGUCACAGUCAUCAUCCCUACUGUUGCCGAGGAUCUUGAACAACUAAAAGAAACCGUGCAGAGCGCGUACCGCCUCGAGCCCUAUGAGCUGCUUCUUGUGACACCCGACUCGAGGAUUAAGCGUGUCUACCAGAUGGUCGAAGAAUUGGGCAGCCCCAAGACCAUCCAGGUGUUAUCUGUCAGCCAGGCCAACAAGCGUCGCCAGCUGUGUCGGGCGAUCCCGGAGGUCGAGACCAAGAUCACGCUACUGCUGGACGACGAUGUCUGGCUCCCAGAGAAGUUCAGCAAAUGGCUCCUAGCCCCCUUCGAGGACCCUCGCAUGGGAGGCGUUGGAACAAAUCAACAGCUUCGCCGCGUGAAUCGUUCCAACAUAUGGGAGUUCCUCGGCGCCAUGUAUCUCGUUAGGAGGAACUUUGACUGCACAGCCUGCAACUGGAUCGACGGCGGCCUGCCAUGUCUGUCUGGCCGCGCGGUAGCGUAUCGGUCGGAAAUCCUGCAGGACCCAAAAUUCACCUAUGGCUUCACACACGAGACGUGGGGCAGCGAUCACUUCCUCAACGCCGACGACGACAACUUCAUCACCCGAUGGCUGUUCAACAACGGCUGGAAGAUCCAGAUCCAGAACCACCGCGAAUGCGAGGUCGAAACCACGCUCGAGAGCGACUCCAAGUACCUGCGGCAGUGUCUGCGGUGGGUGCGCUCUAAUUGGAGGAGCAAUCUGACCAGCCUGGCCGACAUUUCCAUGUGGAUGAACUACCCAUGGUCACUCUACGCCGUCUUCCAGACCACCAUCACGCAAUGGGCGUUCCUCCUCGACUGCCUCCUGUUCGCUUCCUUCCACUUCACGCUGUCCGAGGCAGGGUACUAUGCAGUCGACGGUGAGGCGCACACCCAGGCCGAGCAGUGGCAGCGCUCCCUGUUCUGGGGCCUGUUCCUUGCACACUUUGUCUUCGCAAAGACGAUCAAGCUGAUUCCGCAUUUGUUGAGAAACCCGGGCGACGUGCGCUUCAUCCCGGUCUCGGUCGCAUUUGGCUAUUUCCACAACCUGAUUAAACUGUACGGCUGCAUCACAGUCACAGAGACGACCUGGGGCACUCGUGAAGGUGCAGAUGCCGACGACAAUAUCAGAAUGUUGCCCAUCCCAAGCAUGGCAACCAUCACGCCUCCUCAUACUCCCUCGCCCGAGGGACGCAAGCUUCGCGAGAGAUGCGCCAUGAUUCCCACUGCCGUGAGUUGA